CUCUUCUUGUAAAUUAUUGGUGCAAUUUGUUUGGAAUUGCAAAACGGAAGUCCAGUUCUGAAAAUGAGCGGAGAAGUGGAGACUUGCGGCUCGGAUUUGAUAAUAUCGCAAAAUGCCGGCAAUUGCGGGUCUAGCGGCGAUUAUCCAAAGGAUUGCACUUUGGUCGACCUGAAGGACGACUUUCUGCUGAGGAAACUCGUCAAACACUCAAAGUCGGUUGGAUCCACGCAUUUUUCCUCCGCAGCGAGUUCCAUAGAAAACAGAAGGAAUUUUAUUCGACAGACGUCCUAUCCAGUAGCAAGCGAGUCACUGGACAAGAUAGAGGCGUGUGAUCCGAGGUUCAGCAACGGCACAAAGUCCAAGCUGCUGUUGCUAAACGAUAAACUGGCCGGUUUCGAGCGACAGAUGGAGCUCCAGGCCAAACAGAGACGCAAACUUGAAGAAUCGAGGCUCUACAACAUCAACGAGUCCCUAGACAAGCUGCAGAAUGCCAUCACACUCGAGACCAAACGACGCAUGGAAACCAUCAAGGCUCUCAACGGGAUAUUCGAGAGUCUGAUAGCGUCGGUGCAGACCAAGGUGGAGUCGCUCUUUAUGCCAAAGCUGGACCAGUUGGAGAGUGUGGUCCAGUCGCUCUCGGACCGCAUAGACAAUAUCCAAAGCAACGUUGGCGAGAAUGAAUCGCGCUUUAUCAACAUUAUCGAAUCAAACUGCAUCACACUCGAGAGGAACCUAUCAAAUGUACAGAAAUCCUUUGAAAGCGAAAAGAUUGCGAGACAGGAGCGUGAGCAGCACAUUACGAAAAAGCUCUCAGAGAUUGAGUUUGAGACGGACUUGGCAAUAAAGGAAGAGACGGACAAGAUGAAUGCAACCUACCAGGGCCUAAAGAACGACACAAAUGAGCUCAGGAGGUACAUUCACGACUCGACAACUGAGCUUAAAUCUACGAUUAUGGACGAAAUCGCAAACUUGAACAAUUCACUGAUAUUGGAGUCGAGGGCCAGGGAAGAUGCAGACGAUGACAUUGUCCAGGCUCUGCACAAUUACGCCAAGAUCCUAGCAGAUACUCAUGGUAUCGCCAUUUCUUGAUCGUCUUGGCGCCCGCAGGAAUAAAAUGGGACGGAGCCCCGCCACCACUCGUACACACGCACGCGCAACAGUUUGCGUU